AAUAUAUCCAUUAAUUAAAUAUGUCAAGCACGACUGAUCCAGCAAUCAUCAGAGUUGAUGAGCUAUUAGCCGAAAAAGGAAUCGAACAAGCACUAGACUACCUCCAAGAAGCCUUAAAGACCAGAAAGAAGGUACAUAUACAGGCACUUGAGGGUCUCAUGAUUAAAGAGAUAGACCUUAGCGUUGAGUAUCUUAACAAGAAGCAUAUUAAGGAAGAUCUCUCUUACUUUAGAAAUGUCAUGCAGUAUGAGAACGGAAAGACUCUUGAAAGAGUACUUAAAUAUUUCAGAGAAGCUAUUGAAAACAAAUUCAAAUCCAUCAAAGCCGACCUUAAGGGUAAUGUCAGCAUUGAGGAUGUUGAAACCGGAUACAUUGCUGAUGAUCUCUUCCUCCUUGCUUUCCAGACUGAAGAAGACUUUAAGACUCAAGAUAAGCUUGGUCCAUGUAUUAAGUUCAUGAUGGAAGGAUAUGAGAUCAUCCUUGAUGUUCUAAGAUCUAACUCAACCAUGUUCAAUCUUUACAAUACUACUGCUGAGCAUAGUAUGAACUUCUGUGUUGAGCACAAUAGAAAGUCUGAGUUUAAAAAGAUCACUGAUACUUUGAGCAAGCACUUGAAAAACAUUUUCACUCAAAAGCCAGAGAAUUUGAAGAACAUCCCUCAUCCAAUUUAUAUUGAGGAUAAUGACUGCUUCAACUCCCUUCUUGACCUCAGACUCAAAGCUUUAGAGUUCACUUUAAAGUUAGAUAACUGGUCUGAUUCUCUCAAGAUCAUUAAAGACAUUAAGGAACUUGACAAGCUUAGAAGAAGCAAGAACUAUGAAGGUCUAAAGCCAUUCCAGAAGGCUAACUUCUUAGAAAAUGCUGCUGACCUUUUCAAGAAAGCUAAAUUCUACCUCUUCUAUGCAGGAUCUCUCUGCUCUGCAGAUAAGAAAUACAGAAAAUGGAAAGCCAGAGAUGCUGCUCAUAAGGCUAAAUUCGCUGAUAGGAUUAUUUUAGCUUAUCUCAUGAUCCCAUUAGAUGAUAAUGCUUCAAACUUCAAACCAAUUGGAUUUACUACUUUGAGGGGCACUAACUCUAAUAACCGUAAAGAGUUCUACAAGUACUGUGAUCUUAUUGAUCAAGCUAGAGAUCUUAGUAGAGAGGUGAUUCUCAAAUGGAUUGCAAAGAGCAACCUACUCACCAUCUGCUCUAAAGAAGUGAAGACCUUCUUCUCUUUGAUGGAGGAGAACACCACUAAGCCAGCAGAUCUCUCUAAGAACUCUGAGAAAAUCUUAAACUGGCUGAGUGAUCACGAAGAAUAUUCGCAAUUCUACUCUGAAAUUAGAAACAACUUGAUCUUGAGAAUUUUACAACAACUUGGCAAAGUCUUCAAGGUCAUGAAGUUCGACAGCUUCAAGAAGAUCUUCGGAUUCUUGAAUUUCUACGAAUGCGAGAAAGCUAUUGUUGAAGGAAACAGGACUUACGUUACUUCCCAACAGACUACCGCUACCUACAGCAGAGGAUUAUUAGGUAACACCUCAAGUACCGUGUACAAGACCCUUGAGAGGCUAUUCCACAUAAAAAUUGACCCUGAGCAUAAAAAGAUCAUCUUCGACUCUCUUCCUGAACAAGAAGUAGUCUCCAAAACCUUUGAUACCUUCAAACAAGAAAUGAGGCACAUUGACUCCUUAAUAAAUGCCAACAGAAUAAUCGACCAAAAAGAAAUCAGGGACAUCACAAAAAGAGUCUGCCAACAAAUGGGCAUCGACUUCAUUGACGCCACUGAGAAAUAUGAAGAAGAACAGAAAGAGAACCGUAGAGUCAGGAAGGAAGAAGAGGAAAGAAAGAAGAAGGAAAUUAAUGAAGCCAACCUCACUGCUCAAGAGAGACAGAAACAACUUGAGCAAGACCAGUACUUACUUGAGAGAAAAAUGCUUAGGGAAGAAGUCCUCAGAGAGAAAGCUGAUUACCUUAGAGGAAAAAUUAGGGAAUGUGUCAAUUAUCUUGUAUCAGAGAACGUUAAUUCCAUUGGAAGUGUACCCCUCAAGAACGUCUGGUCCUUAGAUAAUGAUAUUGAUGUUAUAUACAGAAUUGUGAAGGAAAACGUUGAUGCUAUUUACAAUAAAAAGCAAGAGCAAGCUAAUAUUUUCGCCAACCAGCUUAUUAAAGAGACUGACCUGACUGAAAGAGCUAGAAGAAUCUUUGAAAAACCAAUGCUUGAAGAGGAACUGAAGGUUAGAAACGAGACUGAAAUUGCUGAUUUGAAGUCAACCUUGGAAAAGAAGCAUGCUAGUGAUGUAACUCUCAAACACGCUUUGAUUUCCUCUGGAGAGUCAAGGGAUAUCUACAUCAAAUCCGAAAUGGAGAAGAGAAAGAUUGAGCUUGUAAACGAAACAGCGGAAUACAUCACCAAUAAGACAUUGGAAAUGAAGAACUACAUUCUCAACAAAGCAAAGACUUCCUUAAGGAAAGAAGAGAACAAGAAAGCCAUGGAGAAGAGAAGAAAGGAACUUGAAGAAAGAGACAGAAAGACUAGAGAAAAGAGCGGUAUCUUUACAACCCCCACAAGUACUGGAGAUGACGGAGGCUUCUCUAGGAUAGGAUUUGGAACUGAGAAACAGCCAACUGUUGAAUUUACCAGAAAGGAAAGCAGAAGAACCGAUAAAAAUAGUGAUGGACCAAGGAACUAUACCUCCAAAACAACUGGAUUUGGAAGGAGCAUGUUUGGCACUGGAGAUAAUGAGGAAAACCUAAACGCUCCAAAAGAGGAUUCUGAAGCAGGUGAUAGUAAACCUCCAAGAUUUGAAGGUAAGAGACCUACUUUCACUUCUGGAAAGAAGGAUACUGCAACUGAUUGGAAGAGAAAUCUUAACCCCUCAAGAGAAGAAAAGAAGGAAACUCAAGAGGUCAAGAAGAAAACAAAGAAGGAUAAGGAUGAUGGAGUUGGAAGAUUCUCUAAAGCAUGGUAA